AUGACACCCCUCCAAUUCCUCCGACAGGCCCGCCAAAUCCACCUCCAAUUUCUCUCUGGAACUCUUUCCGAAUCCCCCAUCUACGUAUUAGGCAACCCCUCCGCAGACCUCGACUCCAUAAUCUCCGCCAUAAUCUAUGCCUACAGCGCCAACAACCGGCUCCCACAAAAGACACCCCGCCCACACAUCCCUCUCCUAAACCUUUCCAAUGUCCCCGCAGGCCCCGAGCUAUUUCGUCUUCGACCAGAAUUCGUCACGGCUCUCUGGCUCUCAACGAACUUCCCCGCUUUAAACCCAGAUGAGCGAUUCGAGGAUUCCUACGAGUCUGCUGGGAAUCUUCUACGCGAGCAUAUCAUUACGGUCGCGGAUUUUGCGCAGGGGCUACGUGAUAGACAGACACAAACACAACAUGUAAAUGCGGACGUCACGCUAGUGGAUUGGAAUGCUUUACCAGCGACCGCCCCUGGUGCGGAAGGGAGGCGCUCCCUCGGCGCCGCGUUGAAAGGAGUAGCAUUUCGCGCCGUGGGCUGUAUUGACCACCACAUAAAUGACAAUCUCAUGCCACCAGCAGACAAACUUCCAGAUGGGCAGCCUGUCAUUAUCCAGCCAGGGCCAGGAUCAUGUGCAUCCUUGAUCACGAACGAAAUGCACUCGCGUGGCAUUUGGGCUUCUGCAGCUUCAAGCGAGGCCGCGUCAUCUAAACUUGAGGUGGCGCAGGUUUCAAAGCUGGCGCUUGCACCAAUACUUAUCGAUACGUCUAAUUUGACUGCGAAAGACAAGGUUACGGAUGUAGAUCUGCAGGCCGUGGAUGUUCUACGGCAGCUGAUUGCUAAAGCUGAUGAAAAUGAUGGGAGAAGUGAGAAGUGGAACGAGCAGGAAUUCUUUUCGAAGAUUUUUGAGGCGAAGGUUAAUAGUCUUGAUCGGUUGACUUUGCAGGAGGUUUUGGGUCGGGAUUAUAAGGAGUGGAGCGAGAGUGCGCGGUCAGGUCAGAAAUUGACUGUUGGUUUUUGUUCGGCGGUUAAGCCUAUACGGUGGAUUGUUAAGAAGGCCGGGGGCGCGAAGCAAUUUAUGGAUGGGGUACGGGAGUUUGCUUCUUCCGAGGGGAGAGAGUUGGAUGCUGUUGUUGUUAUGACGGCGUUUACGUCGGAUAAGGGCGACUUCUCUAGAGAGCUUUUUAUUAGUGCGAUGGGUGAUGGUAGACUUAUUGUGGAUGGGAUAAAUGUGUUUAUGGAUAAUGCGGAUCAGCUUCAGCUUGUGAAUUGGUCUGCUGUAGAUGGUCAGUCCGUGGAUAUUCCUGAUGAGGAAAUCAGAUCUACGCUGGAUGGAGAUGAAGGCAUCUGGAGACGAUUGUGCAUCCAGAAGGAUGUCAAGGGAAGCAGAAAACAGGUGGCUCCUCUACUACGAAGCGCAUUGCGAGAGGUAUAG